AAGGUUGAACACCAGACGGGCUGCGGCGUUCUGGAUGAGUUGUAGGGGUUUAAUGGCACAGGCAGGGAGCCCAGCCAACAGCGAGUUGCAGUAAUCAAGACGGGAGAUGACAAGUGCCUGGAUUAGGACCUGCGCCGCUUCCUGUGUGAGGCAGGGUCGUACUCUGCGGAUGUUGUAGAGCAUGAACCUACAGGAACGGGACACCGCCUUGAUGUUAGUUGAGAACGUCAGGGUGUUGUCCAGGAUCACCAUAGACCAUAAACCAGUCUCAGUGUAGUAGGAGGGCUGAUCUGGGGUCAGUUCAGACAUUUAGACCAUAAACCAGUCUCAGUGUAGUAGGAGGGCUGAUCUGGGGUCAGUUCAGACAUUUAGACCAUAAACAGGUCUCAGAGUAGUAAGAGGGCUGAUCUGGGGUCAGUUCAGACAUUUAGACCAUAAACUAGUCUCAGUGUAGUAGGAGGGCUGAUCUGGGGUCAGUUCAGACAUUUAGACCAUAAGAAAUAAGAAAUAAUUAAAUGGACGCUUUAUGCAUACGGAACCUGAUUCAUUCAAACUUGGUGUUUCCUUCCCUUUACAACAGGUUGGGGAGGAGCUGGAUUCUUCCCUGAAUCACUCUGCCAGGGACCUGUGUUCUGAAUCACUCUGCCAGGGACCUGUAUUCUGAAUCACUCUGCCAGGGACCUGUAUGCUGAAUCACUCUGCCAGGGACCUGUAUUCUGAAUCACUCUGCCAGGGACCUGUAUUCUGAAUCACUCUGCCAGGGACCUGUAUUCUGAAUCACUCUGCCAGGGACCUGUAUUCUGAAUCACUCUGCCAGGGACCUGUAUUCUGAAUCACUCUGCCAGGGACCUGUAUUCUGAAUCACUCUGCCAGGGACCUGUAUUCUGAAUCACUCUGCCAGGGACCUGUAUUCUGAAUCACUCUGCCAGGGACCUGUAUUCUGAAUCACUCUGCCAGGGACCUGUAUUCUGAAUCACUCUGCCAGGGACCUGUAUUCUGAAUCACUCUGCCAGGGACCUGUAUUCUGAAUCACUCUGCCAGGGACCUGUGUUCUGAACCUGUGUUCUAACCCUAAACCUGUAUUCUGAAUCCAAUUCAAUGGUGCAAUUAACGACUUCUCAGGCUGAGGAGUGACUUUACAAAUCCAUACCUGUUAAAGUCCACAAUCACCAUCUCUUCAUAAAUGUAUUGUACCCAAAGGAAGAGACUGCAGCUGAGCCGAGUCAUAUUCCUCCUGUCUGGUGUUCUACUGUGUUGUCUCUACCAGCUGUCUAUCACCUCCAAGCUCUCCCCAGGACCCUGGCCCCAUGCCCUGCCCCAAAUAGGUGAGGGGUCUGGGGAUGGAGAGGGACUGACGGGGGCCCUCCUGGAGGAAGUUGUAUUGGAGACCUUAAGGGAGGGGGGACGCAGUGUUGACACACAAGAGGAGGAAAUUAUAGAUUUGGUGACAACUGAAGUAUCCGAUUAUUUCUCCGAGACGACUACAGAUGAUGUCACACCAUCCACUACCACUGAGGUCUCAUCAUCAUCAUCAUCAGUGACUACAAUCCGGACUAUCGUUCACUGUAUAUAUGUAGACCUGGAGCCUCCCAUUCAGAUCCCCACCCUUCCCAACCCACCACCCACCCAUCUAGUCCCCAACACCACCCAAUCCUCCCCUGCCGACCCGGGGGACGCCCCUCAUCAGAAAGGAGAGUACCCGACUGAUAUCUUCUCCGUGGAGGACCGGAGACGAGGCUGGGUGUCGCUCCACAUCUUCGGGAUGCUGUACAUGUUCGUCUCACUCGCCAUUGUGUGUGACGAAUUUUUUGUCCCUGCGCUCGGAGUCAUCACAGACCAGCUCGCCAUCUCCGACGACGUGGCUGGGGCAACCUUCAUGGCGGCAGGAGGCUCCGCUCCGGAGCUGUUCACCUCUCUGAUUGGCGUGUUCAUCUCUCAUAGCAAUGUGGGCAUCGGGACGAUCGUGGGGUCGGCGGUGUUCAACAUCCUGUUCGUCAUCGGCAUGUGUGCCAUCUUCUCCAAGGAGAUGCUGCACCUCACCUGCUGGCCCCUGUUCAGGGACGUCUCCUUCUAUAUCAUAGGCCUGAUCAUGUUGAUAAUCUUCUUCCUGGACAACACCAUCAUGUGGUAUGAGAGUAUAAUGCUGGUGGCUGGCUACAGCUCCUAUGUCUGCUUCAUGAAGUACAACGUUCAGCUGGAGGCAGCAUUCAAGAACCAGCUCAGGAAACAUCAGCACAUCAUUAAUAUCAUCACUGUGGCUGUUGAGGAUGAACCUGAUAAGGAUGAGACAGCAGGUCAGAAUAGUAGCCCUCCUGCCCCAGAAGACAAGAAACUAUUACAGUUGAAGCCUGUCCUCCAGAGAGGAGGAAGUUCAGCCUCUCUUCACAACUCCACCAUGAGGAACACCAUGUACAAGCUGAUGAUUCACACACUAGACCCCAUGGGAAACAACAAAGAACCAGCUGUCCCUGCACCCUCAGCCGCCCCAGUUCCAGCCCCGGCCAAGGAGGAGGAGACGAAGAAGGAACAGCCAGAGGGUCAGAUGGAGGACAAAUCAGCAGCAAUUGGUUCGUCUUGUAGUGAGGAUGAUGAUGAUGAUGAUGAUGAUGACGACAGUGAUGAAGAUAGUUCUGAUGAGGAAAGUUCUGAUGAGGAAAGUUCUGAUGAGGAAAGUUCUGAUGAAGAUGAGGAAGAUGAUGACCUUGAUGACAAGCCUCUGUCUUUGGUGUGGCCGGACACCAGAUGUAAACAGGCCACCUAUCUGUUCCUCCUGCCGAUAGUCUUCCCUCUGUGGCUCACCGUGCCCGACGUCCGUAACCCGAUAUAUAAGAGGUUUUUUGUGAUCACCUUCCUGGGAUCUAUCCUAUGGAUCGCCGUCUUCUCCUACCUCAUGGUGUGGUGGGCACAUCAGGUGGGAGAGACCAUAGGCAUCUCAGAGGAGAUCAUGGGCCUGACCAUCCUGGCUGCAGGAACGUCCAUCCCUGACCUCAUCACUAGUGUUAUUGUGGCCCGUAAAGGACUGGGGGAUAUGGCUGUGUCCAGUUCUGUGGGCUCCAACAUCUUCGACAUCACCAUGGGCCUGCCAGUCCCGUGGUUAUUGUGGUCGUCGUUCCAUGGUUUUGCUCCGGUGCCCGUCAGCUCCAACGGUCUGUUCUGUGCCAUUGUGUUGCUCUUCCUCAUGCUCCUCUUCGUCAUCAUCAGUAUUGCUGUGUGUAAGUGGAGGAUGAACAAGAUGCUGGGAUCUACCAUGUUCCUUCUCUAUUUUGUCUUCCUGGUGCUGAGUGUUCUGCUAGAGGACAGAGUUAUCAUCUGUCCUGUGUCCAUCUGACACUAU